UUCUGUAAUUCCUUUCUUUAAACAAAACAGAACGAAAUAAAUAAAAAAUUCUUCGAUUUUGUUAUUUGUUAGAUUGAAGUUCAGACACCUAGGACUAUAAGUAGACGAUCUCUUAUUGUCUUGUCUUCUCAUCAGACAGACAUCAGAUCAGAAGAUUUUGGUUUCAAGCUCUUCUUCUACGAUUCCCCGAAGCUUCUGGAUUGAGAUCUCUCUCUCAAGCAAUGGCAGCUACAAGUGAGAAACAGAACACCACAAAGCCUCCUCCUUCUCCUUCUCCUCUCCGCAAUUCCAAGUUUUGUCAGAAUCCUUGAAAUCGAAUGCCAUUUAGAUCUGACCCUUUUUUGCUGGCUUCAUUGUGUGAGAACUUCUGUAUCAUUGUAGGUUAUAUAGAUUUUACAGAAUCAGAUCUUGGGGUUUUAUUAGUUUGAUCUGUUGUGACUCAAGGAUGAUUAUGUAAUUAUAUGAGUUUACUUUUUUCUUGUUUGUUUUGUGUAGCCCAAUAUGAGGAUCUUGAUCUCUGGAGGAGCUGGCUUCAUUGGUUCUCACUUGGUUGAUAAGCUUAUGGAAAAUGAGAAGAAUGAGGUGGUUGUUGCUGAUAACUAUUUCACUGGCUCAAAAGAAAACCUCAAGAAGUGGAUCGGUCACCCCAGGUUUGAACUUAUUCGUCACGAUGUUACCGAGCCUUUGUUGAUCGAGGUUGAUCGGAUUUACCAUCUUGCUUGUCCUGCCUCUCCUAUCUUCUACAAAUACAACCCUGUUAAGACAAUCAAGACCAAUGUGAUUGGUACACUCAACAUGCUCGGUCUUGCCAAGCGUGUUGGAGCAAGAAUUUUACUAACCUCAACCUCUGAAGUGUAUGGAGAUCCUCUCAUCCACCCUCAACCAGAGAGCUACUGGGGAAAUGUCAACCCUAUUGGGGUUCGGAGUUGCUAUGACGAAGGCAAGCGGGUAGCCGAAACCUUGAUGUUUGACUACCACAGACAACAUGGCAUUGAAAUCCGCAUUGCUAGAAUCUUCAACACAUAUGGUCCUCGAAUGAACAUCGAUGAUGGGCGUGUUGUGAGCAACUUCAUUGCUCAAGCACUCCGGGGUGAGGCAUUGACAGUUCAGAAACCGGGGACACAGACCCGCAGUUUCUGUUAUGUCUCCGACAUGGUGGAUGGACUUAUCCGUCUUAUGGAAGGCAAUGAUACUGGCCCUAUCAACAUCGGUAACCCAGGUGAGUUCACAAUGGUGGAACUGGCUGAGACGGUUAAGGAGCUUAUUAACCCAAGCAUAGAGAUAAAGAUGGUGGAGAACACACCAGAUGAUCCAAGACAGAGGAAACCAGACAUUAGUAAAGCCAAAGAAGUGUUGGGUUGGGAGCCAAAGGUGAAGCUCAGAGAAGGACUUCCUCUCAUGGAAGAAGAUUUCCGACUAAGGCUUAACGUCCCAAGAAACUAAAACCACAAGAAAACACAGACGGUUUUGAGUUCACGAGAGUUGUCAGCUGUUGAGUUAUAUGAUGAUGCUAUUAUACUACAAAGUGGUGGGUUUUUGUUUGGUCUCAUGUGUUAUUCAUAUUGCUUUUGUUCGUAGAAAAAUAAGUUGGGAAUGGGUCUCCUUGUGAGGAAUGGCUCUUCUUUGUUUUUCAGUAUAUUGUGGUAUGGUUAUUAUUUGUGUGGUUUUAAUGAAAUUUGUUCACUUAAUUUGCUCAUGGAAUUACAGUUUUAAAAUCGUUUUACAGU